AACCACAUCAUGGCCAAAAAGAAGUCCAGUACCAAAUACAAGCCCAAGCCGGUCAAUGUAGUGAGCAAGAGUCCCGUCGCAAAACCCAGUCCGUUUGUGGAUGCGCCAGUGUUUGAGUUACUCCACAAUUUCCAAAAAGCUCCUGAUCAAUGGGCUGCCAGGUAUAUCAUCAUAAUUACUGCAAUUAUCAUUAGAAGUGCAGUGGGGUUAGGCUCGUUCCUGGGGUUCCAGGAAAACCCCAUAAAUGGAGACUUCGAGGCCCAGCGCCAUUGGAUGGAAAUCACCACCCACUUGCCCAUCAACCAAUGGUAUUUUUUUGACCUCCAGUACUGGGGUUUGGACUAUCCACCAUUAACAGCCUAUCACCUGUAUUUAUUUGGUAAGUUGGGCACUAUGCUCAAUUCCAAGUGGUUUGAGCUUGGUACUUCCCGAGGCUUGGAAACUGUGGACCUUAAGAACUAUAUGCGGUUUACCAGUUUGAUCAGUGAAUUGGUGAUCUUGUCUCCCGCAUUGUUGGGGUUUAUAACCUUCAUAGGUAAGAAGUUGAACCUUCGAAGAAUCGACCAGAUCCUCAUCACGUGCAUCGUCAUGUGCCAGCCUGCGUUAAUUUUGAUUGACCAUGGUCACUUUCAAUACAACUCAGUUAUGUUGGGAUUCUUCUUGUACUCGUUGGUUGACUUGUUGAAGGGAAAUUUCACGUUGAGCUCCAUUUGGUUUAUAAGUGCCAUUUUUUUCAAACAGAUGGCUUUGUAUUACGCCCCAUUCAUCUUCUUCUUUAUAUUGUCCAAAUUUGUUGUCAAUUUGAUCACAAAGUUCAACUUUGCAAAAUUAUUCUCAGUGGGGUUGACAGUUCUUGUGACCGUCUUGACAUUAUUGUCACCGCUCAUGUUGGGAGGCUGGAACGACAUGGUGACGAACUUGAAGCAAAUAUUGGUGAGGGUGUUUCCCUUUAACAGAGGAUUAUUUGAAGAUAAGGUCGCAAACUUCUGGUGCACCACCAAUUUGGUCGUCAAAUACAAACAACUUUUCUCCAACGACCAGUUGACCAAGAUCUCCUUGGUGUUUACGUUGAUGUCCAUUGCUCCUCCCUGUUUAAUGGUGUCCUACAAAAAUCUCAUGGGCUCCAAGUUCUCCAAAUCUUCCACUAGUACUUCCAAAUAUAUGUCGUUGGUAUAUGGAUUUGCAGCCACUGCUUGGGGGUUCUUCCUUUUUUCAUUCCAGGUCCAUGAAAAGACAGUGUUGGUUCCCUUGAUUCCCAGUACUUUGUUGUACUGCUUGAACACUUCUUAUUAUAUUUCUAUCACCCAGUGGAUCAACAAUGUGGCAACUUUCAGUAUGUUUCCCUUGUUAAAGAAAGACGGGUUGAGUUUACAGUAUGCGGUUCUUUUGGUCAUGAUCAACUGGCUUAUUGGAGGCUUCAAUUGGCGUGGGAACUUGCUCUUCCAAAAGAGCUCAUGGUUCUGGAACUCGGUUUUUGCGUUAUCUUACCUAUCCAUCGCCGCCUAUCAUAUCAUUGACUUCCAAUUUGACCCACCUGCUAGUUAUCCUGAUCUUUGGGUAAUUCUUAACACCACAAUAUCUUUCGGGUGUUUCAGCUUGUACUACUUGUGGUUGAACUAUGAGAUCUAUAAGUUAUGAUUCUUCGAACACUUUGGAAAUUGGACUCCUGGCUUCAUCUGCCUGUCGCUGGUGAAGAUUCCCCAUUCAGUUUCCCAGGUAUUACCAUCCUCAUAGAAUAUUUUCUUCCAAGGUUCAUCAAAGGCUUCAAAAAAGUAAUAAUCGAUAUCAUACUUUUGACUUUCACACAACCAUGCAUUCAUAAAAUAUUGGAAAUUGGUGGCGUUGGCCACCGAACCUUCGUAUCUCCCCCCUCUAUAUGGCCAUCCCACCUCGGUGAUAACAAGCUUGGUCUUAUGGCUUUUGUUGAUAGGCUCAAUCUGGUACUUCAAAAAGUCGUAAGUCCAGUCGGUUGCCAUUGAUACGUCGAUUCCCCCAAAAAAUGGAUGGAUGUUUGCACCAACUAUGUCACAUGCUUGCAAUAACCUCCCGUCUAUCAAUGAACCGAUCUCGGAUGUACCAACAGGUAAGUCAAAAUACCCAAUUUUCUUAACAAAGUGCUUGACGUCUUGGAUAAUCUCUAUCAAUUCAUUGGUGGUUUUGUCCUGUCUAAAUAGAACCUCAUUUCCAACGAACACUGAAUCAAACAUCUUUCUGGGGUAUUUGGUCAAGACCUUUUUCAUGAUUUCAAGCUGCUGAGUAUUGAUCUUAUCAUCUUCUCCGAUCCAGACUCCCAUAGAAAGAGUCAUGUUUAAUUUAGACUUGAUGAUUGCGUCCAAUAUAUACUCACUCUGAUUGCAUUG